AUGGCAUCGCUCGCCCUCACCACCACUCUCUCCCCCACCCUCCCCUCUCUCAGAUCCCACGCUUCCUUCCCAAAAGCGCUACUUCUAAAACCGUUUCCACUGUCCCAAACCCGCCGAAACUCCCUUAAAACCGCCGCUCUCGGUCUCGGUUUCAACAAAACCCUCAUUUCCUCCCCCAAACUCGCAAAUUUAACCCGAGACUUUUCUCCCCCCCGCCGUGGCCUCUCUGUCAAGGCCGCUGCGACAACCGGUGGCUCUUCGAUCACUCCGGCGGCCAAGGAACCAUGGCAAGGCGCGGCCAUGAAGCCUUUGCUCGCGUCCAUUGCGACGGGCGUAAUCCUCUGGUUCGUGCCCACUCCUGCCGGCGUCACCAAAAAUGCGUGGCAGCUUCUAGCGAUUUUCCUCGCCACCAUCGUCGGCAUCAUCACCCAGCCCUUGCCUCUCGGAGCCGUCGCCUUGCUCGGCCUCGGCGCCUCCGUCCUUACUAAGACGCUGACUUUCGCGGCGGCUUUCUCCGCCUUCGGAGAUCCAAUCCCCUGGCUCAUCGCCCUCGCCUUCUUCUUCGCCCGGGGCUUCAUCAAGACCGGCCUCGGAAAUCGAAUCGCGUACCAGUUCGUCUCCCUCUUCGGUAGUUCCUCUCUAGGGUUAGGGUACAGUCUGGUCUUCAGUGAAGCCCUGUUGGCUCCGGCGAUCCCAUCCGUCUCGGCCCGAGCCGGAGGAAUUUUCUUGCCGUUGGUGAAGUCGCUCUGCGUCGCGUGCGGUAGCAAUGUCGGGGACGGGACAGAGGGAAAGUUAGGGUCGUGGUUGAUGCUGACGUGUUUCCAGACUUCGGUGAUUUCGUCGGCCAUGUUCUUGACGGCCAUGGCUGCUAACCCGUUGAGCGCCAACUUGACUUUCAACACGAUUAAGCAGACGAUUGGGUGGACGGAUUGGGCUAAAGCUGCAAUUGUGCCUGGUUUGGUGUCGUUGAUUGUGGUGCCGCUGUUGUUGUAUGUGAUUUACCCCCCGGAGGUGAAGAGCAGCCCCGACGCUCCCAAGCUUGCCAGGGAGAGGCUGGAGAAGAUGGGCCCCAUGUCUAACAAAGAGAUUAUAAUGGCUGGCACUCUGCUUCUUACGGUUGGACUUUGGAUUUUUGGAGGAGUUUUGAAUGUGGAUGCUGUUACUGCUGCCAUUCUUGGAUUAUCUGUUCUCCUUGUUACUGGUGUUAUUACAUGGAAGGAGUGCUUAUCUGAAUCAGUUGCUUGGGACACACUUACUUGGUUUGCUGCACUCAUUGCAAUGGCUGGGUAUCUCAACAAAUAUGGUCUUAUCUCCUGGUUUAGUCAAACUGUAGUUAAGUUUGUUGGUGGAUUGGGUCUUUCAUGGCAGCUGUCUUUUGGCAUUCUGGUUCUUCUCUAUUUCUACUCCCACUACUUCUUUGCCAGCGGAGCUGCUCAUAUUGGUGCGAUGUUUACAGCAUUCUUGUCUGUUGCUAGUGCUCUUGGUACUCCACCAUACUUUGGAGCGAUGGUGCUUGCAUUCCUCUCCAACCUCAUGGGUGGCCUUACCCACUAUGGUAUUGGGUCGGCGCCUGUUUUCUACGGCGCUAACUAUGUUCCGCUUGGCAAGUGGUGGGGCUAUGGAUUCCUUAUCUCUGUCGUCAAUAUUAUUAUUUGGCUAGGAAUUGGAGGGGUUUGGUGGAAGUUCAUCGGCUUGUGGUAA